AUGGACCUACGAAAACGGUGGAAGGGCUAUGCUGAGGUAGUGUCGCUUAUAGGAUUCGCUGGUGUGACAGCACAAGACGAAACAAUGCAGAAAGAAACGAGGAGCAGAAAAAGAAAAGAAAACAUUAUACGAAAUAGAGAAAUGAGACAAGAUAUUCAGCUUACAUUGGACGCUGUAAGGUGGCCGGAUUGGUCGCUAGCCCGCGUGGACGCAGUAAUUUGCCCACCCUCACGAUUCGGACUGGCCCCGGGGAUCGGUGCGGCUUUCACGAGCAUCACUGCCAGGAUCCAGUUUGGCCGGGCCGGCGUGUACGAGCACGGAGAAUGCCUGCAAUGCCAUGAGCCCCGGUACGAAUGGCAAGGAGCCUUGUGCAAAAUUACAAUUACAGCAUCGUCCGGUCCUCGUACUAGACGGAUACUCCGUGCUUUUUCCUCUUAUAAGACAAGCUCAUCACAUCAGAUGCUCUUUUGCGCUGUCCCGGCGCGACCCGCCGAGGCCCCACUCGAAACGGGCAAAGCGCAGUCAAGAGUCAACCAACAGCAAAGAGUGAGCACCGAGGCAGAGAGCGAAACCGAUCCUGUGGCUGGUGAUGAUGCAUUGGCCUAUAUCCGUCGGCGUGCGGUUCAACCAAGCCCAACGUCUCUUCAUAUGCAAGGGAUCUCUAGCACGAGAACUAGCACAUACUCUUAG